CCAGCCUCUUGAGCUAAAGGUCAGCAAACCUGACGUGGCCUGCGGCGGCUCAGCUAUUUCUCUCAAUGAACAGCCGCUGGUCCAUAACCGUGAUGGAGAUUCUCAGCAUGAAUUCAGCGCGAUUUCAAUAUUCUCUGGCGACACCACAGCUGUGUUAUCUGUCAAUUGGCAGAGUGGCUGCACUGGGGCAUCUUGCGGAAGCACCGGGAUGUGCUCGGGAAUGGGCCAGUAUCUCACCGUCCAGAUUGAACAAAUCGAUGACACGGAUCUUGAAACGAGCAUAGAUUUCGGCGUUACUCUCGCUGAGGACAUGAGCCCCAAGAUACACGACCUAUGCAGCCAUCCGUGGGAAAUUACCAACUUCAACUUAAUCGACUGCCCCGAGUCCCAACCAGGUUUCGUCAACAAAAUAAACGAUUUGAUUCUAAACGCCAUCACCUUUUCUUCCACCAUCGACCUCUUCAUAUUCGGAGCAGUCGCUAUCACCAUCGCGAGCAUAGCAAUAUUAACCUUCUUCAUCUGCCGUAAUACCAUUUACUGCCGCCGACGCCGCGCCGAUAGAGCCGCCAAGCGAGAAGAGAGGCGGACUCGACGUGCCUAUAAAUUCGCUGCCCGCCGACUACGAUGGAAGAAAUGGUGGGAUACAUUUAGGGGCACGGCACCUCUUCUCCCCUCUUCGAACAACACACACUACCAUGAGUUCACAGCUCAUGGGACACCACAUCCGCAUUUUGAGCGCCAAUGCUAUCGCCAGGCAGCGGAGCCCUUCGAACUGGAACUUGUCACUGAACCUGAACCUAGACAGGGCUCCAUACAAGCCGAAAUAAGAGGCUUUCGUCAAGCGCUCCAGUACGUUGGAGAACUAGUGCGGCAUCCAGCAGAUAGGAAUAUUGACAGGGAAAGCGGAACUAGCUACUUUAGCCCUGAAGGUUACGAUGGCGCCAAAGUAGCGGAUUCACACGAGAAGCAGAAAGCAGGUAGGAGUCGAGCAUCUUCGUCGACAGCAGGUACUUCGACGGUUUUGUCACUUCGAACGAUUAGUUUAGGUACGGAGGCGGAGACGGAUAUAGAUCUUUCAUCACAUGGGACACCGCCACCUAGUUAUCACGAGUAAUGAAUAAUACUCCCUCUUGAUGCGCUGUGCGUAGGCAACUGCUAGUUUAAAAAAAAAAAAGGGGGGUUACCACUCGAGUUAGAUUUGAAAGUGUA